AUGGCAGCAUCAUUGGAGAGCCUGACAGAGGUGACUGUGAGGGCAGCGGAGGCCUCGAAGGGCUCGAUCGGGGCAAUCGAAACCAUGGGCGACCAGAUCAAAUCUUCCAUCGAAGAGAUGGGUAAGAGCGUGGCUGAAAACAUCAGCGGAGCCCUAGCAGCGACGAUGCAGGAGGUGCUAACCCAGGUUCUGAGGAACCGGGAGCCGCCGGCGAUCACGUCCAUGGGGGUGGCGCCGGCAGCAACAAUCGCGGCAGGGUCAACGGGCCAGGAGGGCUGCGACGCGGCAGCCGCGAGCAAGGCGGAGCAGCCGCGUGGCGGCGCAGUAGCUGGGCGAACCGCGGCUGUAGCGCGCCGCGAGGAGGAGGCAGCGAAGGAGAAACUGUCGGGCGGCGGUGAAGAGGCUGGGGCGACGCAGGUCUUGGCCACGACUGGCGGGGCGCCGGGAAGUUCGGCCGUGCCACGCAGCCGCGCCGGGGAGCAGGUGAAUUUCGGCGCGAGGAGCGCGCCCGCGCCAGCUUUCAACGGACCGAGUUUGCUGCCGAUGCCGACGGAUCCGGCCCAUGACAAGGUCCGGGGGAAGCAGAAGAUGGUGGGGGUACGAAGGAGAGCCGUGGCCGACUGGGCCCGACGGAGAAGAACCAUGGCCAAUUGCCAAUUGGGCCAGGGGGAGGAGGAUGACCUGAGCUUUGGGGACCCAUAG